UUGCAGGCUCGGGGUUUUGGUGAUGUUGUCCCUGAAGUGGCUGAGAGGCUUGGUGAUGUUAAAGAAAGUGAUGGUGAAGUCCCUGAGAGGCUUGGUGAUAUCCUCUCAUUACAGUCAGCUGUGGACAAAGGAUUUGCGAAGAUCAUGGAGAAGUUGUCUGAGAUGGAUAGCAAAGUGAGUAUGCUGGAUGGGAGAGUGAAAGACUUAGAGGGAUAUGUGUCAGUCCAGCUAGAGAAAGAGCGGUACAAUGAGUAUCAUCCAGGGACUUCAAGUGAUUUUGUGCCAACCUAUUGUACACCAACUGCUAAUCAACCAAUAGCGAGUCCGACAAAGGCUUUGGUCCUUCACAGUGGUUUCACAGACCCUAAGCCAAUCCAGAUUCAAGAAUUGAGUGAUGAAGGUGAUCAGGAGCAGCUGGCUAGGAAAGAGAAGGAGAACAAGAAGAAGAAAGCAGUGAGGCCGAAGCAUAGUGGCCCUACAAUCCAGACCGGGAAAAAGAGACAAAGGAAGGCUUCCAGGUUUCAGGCUGAAGAGUUUACAGCAGAGGGGAAGGGGAAGGGGAAGAAGCGGCAGAAGAAAUAGGUGAUCUUUAUGAGAGAUCACUCUUUAUGAGUAAUUGCU